ACUCUCAUAACUUCUCUCUUCUCCUCUCGCCACAGUACACGCAAAAAUAUACAAACCAGAAGAUAACUGUGCCAGACGGCCUGCUUCCAUCCUUGCAUCUAAUGGCUUCCAAGCUCUGUGAUUCUUGCAAAUCGGCAACGGCGACUCUCUUCUGCCGCGCUGACUCAGCAUUUCUCUGUAUCAACUGUGACUCUAACGUUCAUGCCGCCAACAAGCUUGCUUCACGGCACGCGCGUGUGUGGGUUUGUGAGGUAUGUGAGCAAGCACCAGCUCAUGUAACCUGCAAGGCCGAUGCUGCAGCCCUCUGCGUCACGUGUGACCGUGACAUUCACUCCGCUAAUCCACUGGCUCGCCGACACGAGCGAGUUCCUGUGACGCCGUUCUACGAGUUAGUUGGCUCGGAUCCUGCCGUUAAGCCUAACAUAAACUUCCUUGACGACAGUUACUUCUCCGACGUGGAUGGAGACGCCGUUGUCAGCAGGGAGGAAGUAGAGGCAGCCUCGUGGCUUCUUCCAAAUCAUCCCAACCCGAAGAUGAUGGAGAGUCCAGAUCUGAAUACAAAUCACUACGUGUUCUCGGAUAUGGAACCAUAUCUGGAUCUGGACUACGGUCCGUCACCGUCGGUGUAUCCGAAACUCGAAGCAUAUGAGCAGAACGACUCCACCACGGACGGUGUUGUGCCUGUGCAAAGCAAGAGCGUUCAAGCUCCAUUAGUGAAUGAUCAUUACUUUGGGCUCGACUUCACUGCAUCCAAACCGUUAGCCUACGGUUACAACACCCAGUCAGGGUGCCCAAGUCAUAUUGUAUCAUCCUCAUAUCUGGACGUUGGGGUAGUGCCGGAUGGCGGCAACAUGAUGGAGUCAACAAAUCAAAAGGUUCAGCUGUCUGCAGUGGAUAGGGAAGCAAGGGUGUUAAGAUACAAAGAAAAGAGAAAGAAUCGGAAGUUCGAGAAGACGAUUAGAUACGCAUCGCGAAAAGCUUACGCUGAGAUGAGACCCAGAAUCAAAGGAAGAUUCACGAAACGAUCUAAUAGUGAAGUUGAUCGAAGUAGUAUCUACGAAUUCGGCGUCGUUCCGUCCUUCUAAAAGUCGUUUUGUUUUUUUUAUUUUUCCAAUUUUUAUUUUACUUCCUCCACAGUUGCUGUGGUUUUAAGCUAGGUACAUAAAGUAGGUGAAGGUGUCUGAUAAAUGGAUUGUCGCCCGUUGAUUUUAUAGAAGUUUUAUUGAGUAGUGAGUUUUGUUUGGUUUAGUUUUCCUGGAAAAUAUAUGUAAUUUCCCUCGCUAAAUAUUUUUAAAGAUAUUUUAAAAGGUAGAACAAAUUUUGAUUUUUA